AUGACAUUGGCGAUUAGGGAGGUGGAGGUGGCACAAGCAUCUGGGGUAAAUGACAAGUGGGAUGCCAUAAAGAAAGCCUGGGUGAUGACAACUGAGGAGGUAUGUGGAUGGUCAAAAGGGCCGCCUAGACAUAAGGAGACUUGGUGGUGGAACCCGGAGGUAUCAAAAACUGUGGAUGAGAAACGGAGGUGUUUCAAAGUAUGGUAUAAUAGCAAAGAAAAUAGUGAUAACGAUAUUUACAAGAUGGCUAAAAGAAAUGCUAAGAAAUUAAUAGCGAAGGCUCAAGAAGAAAAAAGACACGAGUUUGCUAAAGAAAUGGAAUGCGCUGAUGGAAUUGGAAAUAUGGUUGGAAUGGCAAAGCUGAUGUCAAAAAAUAGGCAGGAUGUGCUAGGUUUAAAGUGUUUGAAAAAUAUGGAAGGAAAAAUAGUGAUUGAUAGUAGUGGUAUUAAGAACACCUGGAAGAUUUACAUGAAAGGACUUUUGAAUGAAGAAAAUGAAUGGGAUAAUAAUGUUAGUUGUGCAAAGGUAGAAGGUCCAGGGUGUAAAUUUGGCAAGGAUGAGAUAAAGAGAGCAGUGAAAAAGGGAAGGCAUCGGGAUUAA